GUGCUCGUGCCCGGGCUGUGUGUGUGUGUGUGUGUGUGCGUGUCUGCUCUCAGGCUGGGAAAGCGCUCGCCUGUGGCAGGAUGUGGACAGACACUACCGUACACGACCGGAGUGCGACGCCAUGCUGCUAGAGCUCGCGCUUCCGUGCGAAACGCAGACGUGUAGGUAGGUCGCACAGAGAGAGAGAGACGUGUCGAGCGCGCGCGGCGCCGGUAAACCGAAAUGGCAACCGAAAGUUUGUAACUACUGCGGGUGGAAAUAAAGAGCCGCUCAAGGUCAGGCGAGGACGCUGCGUAGUUUUUCCAACCAGCCCAAAGUGAUUCCCGCAAUCUCAGGAAGUGCGGGAGGCGAGUUUAUCCAGGUGGCGCGCGCGUUCGCUUCUCCUUCACGCAGGAUUUAUUCAGGCUGAACUCGUUUUCUCGCUCCCUGGAAGUUCAUCACACCAGCUAGUAAAUGACUGCCAGGGUAAAUGGAUCGGAUCCUCGAGCCCAGGGUCCGAUCCCGACUCCUUCUCCUUCUCCAUCAGGACCCGGACCCGGACCGGACUCCCUGGCAGAGCUGGAGCCGAGCAGCGAGCCUCAGACCGCCGUCGAAGACGCGAAAAACACCGGAGUGAAAUUCGCCAAGACGUUCCUGCUGAUCUUCCCCGUGUACGUGUUGGGUUACCUGGGCUUCAGCUUCAGCUGGAUCCUCAUCUCCCUCGCCGCGCUGUUCUGGCUCAGACGGAACCAGGGGACGAGGUUUUCAGGAGUAAACAAAGCGCUGGCCUUUUUCGAGCACGAAGAGAAAGAGCAGAAACAGAGUUUACCAACUUCCGAGCUGCCGCCCUGGGUUCAUUUCCCUGACGUGGAGAGAGUGGAAUGGCUCAAUAAGACAGUUCAGCAGAUGUGGCCAUAUAUUUGUCAGUUUGUUGACAAGCUCUUCAGGGAGACCAUCGAGCCCGCCGUCAAAGGCGCUAAUGCACACCUCAGCUCUUUCUGCUUCUCCAAGAUUGACAUGGGGGACAAGGCCCUGAGAGUGAACGGCGUGAAGGUUUACACUGAGAAUGUAGACAAACGACAGAUUAUCAUGGACUUACAAAUCAGCUUUGUUGGAAACACUGAGAUUGAUGUGGAGAUUAAGAAAUACUACUGCCGAGCGGGCAUCAACAGCAUCCAGCUGCACGGGGUGUUGAGGGUCAUCAUGGAGCCCCUGUUGGGAGACAUGCCCCUGGUCGGAGCACUAUCUGUUUUCUUCCUCAAAAAACCUCUGUUGGAUAUUAACUGGACGGGUCUGACUAACCUGCUUGACAUCCCAGGACUAAAUGGACUGUGUGAUGGUGUGAUUGAGGACAUCGUGUGCAGUUACUUGGUGCUUCCCCAGAGAAUCACCAUCCCACUGGUGGAGGAAGGAAAACUCGCCAAAUUACGUUUCCCAAUGCCACAGGCUGUUGUACGAGUGCAUUUUCUAGAAGCCCAGGAUCUUUUGGCUAAAGACACGUAUCUGGGUGGUCUGAUCAAAGGGAAGUCUGAUCCAUACGGAGUCAUUAAGAUUGGCAAUCUGCUCUUCCAGAGCAAGGUCGUCAAGGACUGCCUGAAUCCCAAAUGGAAUGAAGUUUUUGAGGCAUUUGUGCUCGAUCAGUCAGGGCAGACUUUGGAAAUUGAGCUGUUUGAUGAAGAUCCUGAUGAAGAUGACUUCCUCGGCAGGCUUGUGAUUGACCUGAACGAGCUGCAGAAGGAGCAGAAAGUCGAUGAGUGGUUUGUGCUGGACGAGGUGACGGCAGGUAAACUACACUUAAAGUUAGAAUGGCUCUCACCUCUUGCCACACCAGAGAAACUGGACCAGGUGUUGAGCAGUAUCAGGGCGGAUAAAGGCCAGGCCAACGAUGGUCUCUCCUCAGCACUACUGCUAGUACACCUGGACUCGGCCAGGAACCUGCCUUCUGCGAAGAAAGUCACCAGUGAUCCCAGUCCUUUGGUGCAGGUUAAAGUUGGACACAAGUUUUACGACAGUAAGACACGUUAUAAGACCACUGAGCCUGUUUGGGAGGAGGCUUUCACAUUCCUAGUACAUAAUCCAAAGACUCAAGACCUAGAAGUGGAGGUAAAGGACGAGAAGCAUGAAUGUACAUUGGGGAGUUUUACGCUCCCUUUGACUCAGCUGCUGCAGGCUGAACAGAUGACCAUCAGUCAGAGGUUUCCACUGAAGAGUGCAGGACCCAGUGCUACUCUCAAAAUGAAGAUUGCACUAAGGGUUCUUAGUUUGGAGAAGGUGUCAGGUUCAGACCAGCAGUCAUCUGUGCAGGUUCGCAAUCGAAGUUCCAGCGUCGUUCCAAGUGCAUCAAUUUCCAAUCUUGCCCAAAAUGCCUCAGGUACGAAGAACACCCCCAAACCCUCUGGUUCCGGUGUGAGCUCCAAGCCUUCUUCACAACAACCAGUUGUUUCUGAACGUCAGUCUGUCAAUGACCUUCAUCGAUUGACUGAUUCUAUACCCAACACCCCAUUGGACGACUCUCCGGUUCGUCUGGUGGAUAAAGGCCGGAGUACGUCCAACUUGGCAAUUUCAGGUUCCCAGAUGAACCUGAACAACAAAGAGCCAACACCAAGCAUUGCCUCUGACGUCUCCCAUCCAUACGCUUCCCAGGAGCUACACCACAGACUUAAAGAGUUGCAAAAUGGUUCCACUUCUGGACACUUUCCUCUGGGAGAGAUUGAGCUGACACUAAGACACAGUUCCCAACGGAACAAACUUGUAGUCGUGGUACACCAUUGCAGAAAUCUGAUAUCAUUCACGGAAAGUGGUUCUGACCCCUACGUACGUUUGUAUCUGCUUCCGGAUAAGCGGCGAUCUGGACGUAGAAAAACACACACAAUGAAGAAAAACCUAAAUCCAGUCUUUGACCAAACGUUUGAGUUCAGUGUAUCACUGGUAGAGCUGCACAGAAGAACUUUGGAUGUAGCAGUGAAAAACGGUGGAGGCCUUUUGUCUAAACACAAGGGUCUUCUCGGCAAGGUGAUCGUGGAUUUGACAUCGGAGGACAUAUCAAAGGGCUGGACACAAUGGUAUGAACUGAGUGAAGAUGGACUGAGAAAACCAUCUGCUUAAUCAGAACACUGUUUCCUUUUGCUGGCCAAAAAUCAGGACUUCCUGCAUGGAAUCCCUGCAGAGACUACAAAUGGCAGCCAUGCAUAAGUGUUGUAAUUUUAGUGGAUGGACAUUUUCUAUAUAUCUAAUAUGUUUAAUAUUAAUUUUAAAUAAGAUUUUUUUUAGAUGACUUGCCAAAAGAAUAUAUUGCUUUGAGUUGAUUUAUGGUGCAGCUGCUGAAGUUGCUUUAUGGUCUCAUGGUUUAAUCUGUGCAAUAGAAAGAUUUGUGUAUGCGUGCUUGUGUGCACAUGUCUGUGUGUGCGUUUGUGUGUGUGGGGGAUUUAGUAAUGAAAAAUUAAAAGUUAAAUAAACAUACAUAAUAUGACAUUUUACAGACAUGUAUGUGUUUAUACUCAUGCAUAAGUGUGUGUAGUUCUAAAACGAAUUAUGUACUUAUGCUGUGUACUACUAUGACUUAUAUGACAUUUUGCACUUGCGAAUGUGUUUGUGUGCAUUGGGUUUGGGAACACAGAUGAAAAUUUACAUACUACACAAGGUUUUUCUUUUUCUAUCUAGUUUUUGGUUUGUUUGUUUUUGUUUGUUUUAAUAUUUACCAUGUUGUACAUGCUCAAUGUUCACUUGCAGAGGCCUUUAGAAAAUACUGUACAAGGCUGUAUAGAUGAAAACCAAAGCAUAGUGUCCUCUUGCUGGUUACUGCUGUCCCUUUAAGUCCUCUGAAUUAAAUUUUGUAGUGGACAGGGACACGUUCUGUUUUUAUGCUUUUAUCAAUAAGGUGGUCCAUAAAAAAGAAUUACUGAGUAGAAUGAAGUGAUAAAAAAUGCUGUUGACAUGCUCCUGAUGAGCUUUCCUUUCAGGGUUCUGUUUAUAUAUGUAUAUAUUUUUCUUGUGCCUUAGCCCUGCUUGGGUAUACCAAUAGCAACUGCAUGCCCCUUCAAAGUUGACACCACGACACAUUCAUGAAGCAAAUAUUCUUGCAAGCCAUAUUGUUAAUAAUAAUAAAGCAGACUAUAUACUAUAUUAGACAUUGAAUAAUGCACACCAUCUCUCAGUACGUAAUCCAAAUGACACUUUAUCACACCUCAACUAAACUAUACAUGGUCAGGGGCAGUGCCAUUCUGCCAAUUUCAAGAUCAUGAUUUUUUUUUUUUACACUCACUAGUCACCAACUCAUUAGCACAGAAAUAGCGGGAACAGUUAUUUAGAAAGCUAGCAACAAAUCACCCAGCAUCAGACAGAUGUAAUUCAGCAUUAUUGAGAGACUGAGACUCAAUAAACUUUAAUCAAUUGUA